AUGUACUACGAUGACCCUUGGCCCACGAUGCCUGAUGGCACCGACUUUGACGGGAAGCAUCUGCUAAGCCUCGUCCACGCCGGCAAGAGCCCCUUUGAAGGGGCUUGGGAUGUCAACCAACUUAUCCAAGAGAUUGAGAAGAAUCUCGGUGCCACGGUGACGGACAUACCCUCUGUCUACAAAGGCUCCAACAACUACGCUAACAGGCGCAAGGGCUUUCAUGUCAAGCUGUCAAAUGGUCUGGACAUUGUGGCGCGCUUGGCACGUGGCGACGUCAACAUGCCAGACUAUGACGGCUUUCCCAUUGAUGCGCAGGUUCCCGAGGUCAAAUUCGAGGCCGACGUCUACGACCUCUUGCGGUCAGAGCCAAAUAUCUUGGUCUCCCGGCUGCUCUACCACCGUGUUCCACUACAGCGUGCUGCUCCUAGAUGCGACCCCCCCACGGAUCUUGCUGGGCGUCGGUUGUUUGUCUUUGAACGAGCACAAGGAGAAAACAAUAUAUGGUACGACCUCAACUUGGAGCAAAAGGCCCAUCUUCUUGCCCAAGCUGCUCGUAUCCGCGCAUCGCUCUUCAACUUUGCACUCCCACUCGACUUUGCCGCUACGUGGCUCCGCGAACGCCUCUUUGAGCAGAAACCUGAGUCACUCCCCGUUCCCGUGGCACCGACGCGCGCGUUUUGCGUCGCACUUUUCACGGCCAAAGUCGAAGCAACUAUCCGGAACUUGGGUGACAUGAUUGGCUGGGAGUCGGACGAGAAUACCGUCGGCCCCGCUGCCAUGGCGGCGAAGGAGUCACUCUUACGCUUCAUCCCGCAUAUGAUGCCGCCGGCAGACAAUGGCGAGGACGCGCUCUAUCGUCUCGUUCUGGAGCAUGGCGAUUUUGGCAUCCACAACAUGUCGAUUACCACAGACAAGGACGGCCAGCCCCUGGUCACGUCCUUGUACGACUGGGAGACGGGCUGUGUUGUGCCCGCCAUCCUGUCCGAUCCGCUGAUGGCGGUGGAGAUUGACCUUAUGGCUGGUGAGGAUGCUGGCCCGUCGCUGACGCGCGUGUCAAGCUCCUCAGAGCCCAGCACACGCGUGCAGUACAUGGAAUACUCGAAGCAGUAUUUCGAGGCACUCUUCAGUCACGCGCCCGACUACAAGCGUGCAAUCCAGGCAGGGAAAGACGCACGCCACCUCUGGUUCGCGUUGCGGGAUUGGCGCGGCGCAGAUCCGGAGAACUACUUUGGUGAUUUGGGAAGCUGGGCUGAGUUGCGAAUGAAGGAGCUCGGCGUGUCAGACAUCUGA